UGGCUGCUGCUGUUGUCCGGGAUGUAGAGUGAUCAUCCAGAACACAGGCCGAGGAAACGUUGACAAACCGCCCGAAAACUGGCACCGAAACCCGGCUUCACACCAACCGGGACCACCCUGAACCGGGUCUGAUUCUCCACUGAAGACUGAGGCCGCAGACAUGGACACCACCACCUCCAUCAAGAUGACCACGCUGGCCAUCCAGAACCUGUUCAGCUACGUGGAGGAGGAGAACCUCUCCGCCCUCAAGUCCCACCUGGACCGCUUCAAGGAGGUGGACGGCCGCAGCGACAACGGGCAGACUCCUCUGAUGCUGGCGGCGGAGCAGGGCAGUCUGGAGAUCGUGCAGGAGCUCGUCAGGAGAGGAGCCAAUGUCAACCUGGACGACGUGGACUGCUGGUCAGCUCUGAUCUCGGCAGCUAAGGAGGGGCACCUGGAGGUGGUGAAGGAGCUGCUGGAAAACAGCGCCUACAUCGAGCACAGAGACAUGGGAGGAUGGACUGCUCUGAUGUGGGCGGCUUACAAAGGACAAGUGAACGUCACCGAGCUGCUUCUGGAGAAUGGAGCCAACCCCAACACAACAGGACAGCAGUACAGUGUGUAUCCGAUCAUCUGGGCCGCGGGCAGAGGACACGCCGACAUUGUCAAAGUCCUGUUGGAGGCCGGAGCUAAAGUCAACUGUUCAGACAAGUACGGCACCACCCCUCUGAUCUGGGCCUCCAGGAAGGGGCACUUUGACUGCGUGAUGCACCUGCUGGAGAAUGGAGCCGACGUGGACCAGGAGGGGGCGAACUCAAUGACGGCCCUGAUCGUGGCGGUGAGGGGGGGGUACACAGAGGUGGUGAAGGAGCUCCUGAAGAGGAACCCAAACGUCAACAUGACGGACAAAGACGGGAACACGGCGCUGAUGAUCGCCGCCAAGGAGGGCUUCACCGAGAUCGUGCAGGACCUGCUGGACGCCGGGACGUACGUCAACAUCCCCGACCGGAGUGGGGACACGGUGCUGAUUGGAGCAGUGCGGGGGGGCCAUGUGGAGAUCGUCAGAGCUCUGCUACAUAAAUACGCCGACAUCGACAUCAGAGGACAGGAGAAUAAGACGGCUCUGUACUGGGCUGUGGAGAAAGGAAACUCCACCAUGGUGAGAGACAUCCUGCAGUGUAACCCCGAUACAGAGACCUGCACCAAGGACGGGGAGACCCCUCUGAUUAAAGCCACUAAGAUGAGGAACAUCGACAUCGUGGAGCUGCUGCUCGAUAAAGGAGCCAAAGUGUCAGCUGUGGACAAGCGAGGAGACACGCCCCUCCACAUCGCCAUCAGAGGGCGGAGCCGCCGCCUGGCCGAGCUCCUCCUCAGGAACCCAAAAGAUGGUCGCCUGCUGUACCGGCCCAACAAGGGCGGGGAGACGCCGUACAACAUCGACUGCAGCCACCAGAAGAGCAUCCUCACGCAGAUCUUCGGAGCGCGUCACCUCUCCCCAACAGAGACGGACGGAGACAUGCUGGGAUACGACCUGUACAGCUCGGCUCUGGCAGACAUCCUCAGUGAGCCCACUAUGCAGCCCCCCAUCUGUGUGGGGCUCUACGCUCAGUGGGGCAGCGGCAAGUCCUUCCUGCUCAAGAAGCUGGAGGAUGAGAUGAAGACGUUUGCCGGGCAGCAGAUCGAGCCCCUCUUCUCGUUCUCCUGGCUCGUGGUCUUUCUGUCUCUGAUGCUCUGCACCUCUGUGGCCCUCGUGCUCGGCUUCACCGUCGACCCCAAGCUGGCCCUCGCCGUGUCGCUCAGCCUGCUCGCCCUGCUCUACCUCUUCUUCGUGGUGGUGUACUUCGGGGGCCGCAGGGAGGGGGACAGCUGGACCUGGGUUUGGCUGCUCAGCACACGACUGGCCCGGCAGCUCGGAUACCUGCAGCUGCUGCUCAGACUCAUGUUCAGGAACCCCCCCACACUGCCAGAGCAGAGCACCAGAGCCCUGCCCGUCAGGUUCCUGUUCACAGACUAUAACCGGCUGUCGAGCGUCGGCGGGGAAACAUCGAUGGCCGAGAUGAUCGCUACGCUGUCCGACGCCUGUGAGAGAGAAUUCGGGUUCCUCGCCACGCGCCUUUUCAGAGUGUUCAAGACCGAAGAGUCGCAAGGGAACAGGAAGUGGAAGCGGACCUGCUGCGUGCCCUCCUUCCUGCUGGUGCUGCUGGUGCUGCUGUGCCUGCUGGCGGCGCUGGCGGUGCUGGCUGUGCUGCGGGUGGAGGGGGGGGGCCCGCUGCAGGCCGUGCUGGUGUCUCUGGGCAGCCUGGUGGGCGUAGCUCUGCUGCUGAACUGCAGGACCUGGUGGCAGCUGCUGGACUCGCUGCUGCACUCACAGAGGAAGAGGCUGCACGGGGCCGCCAGCAGGAUGGGCCGGCUGAAGAGCGAGGGCUUCAUGAAGGUGCUGAAGACGGAGGUGGAGCUGAUGGCGCGGAUGGCGAAGACAAUGGACAGCUUCACACAGCACCAGACCCGACUCGCAGUGGUCAUUGACGGACUGGACUCCUGCGAACAGGACCGGGUUCUGCAGAUGCUUGACACCGUCCGGGUGCUGUUCUCCAAAGGGCCCUUCAUCUCGAUCUUUGCCAGCGACCCUCACAUCAUCAUCAAGGCCAUCAACCAGAACCUGAGCAGCGUCCUGCGGGACUCCAACAUCAAUGGCCACGACUACAUGAGGAACAUCGUGCACCUGCCUGUCUUCCUCAACAGCCGGGGCCUGUCCAGCGCCCGCAGGAUGUGCAGCGCCCCACCCGCCGCCUCCAACGGGGACGCCAACACCUCCGACGGUUGGCAUGAGGAGUUGGACAGGAAGCUGUCUCAGCACAGUUUGGGAGAAUUAACCAAGUUUGGCAGCAAGACGACGCUCAACCGCAGGGACACGUACCGGCGGCGACAGGUCCAGCGCUCGGUGACGCGGCAGAUGUCCUUCGACCUGACAAAGCUCAUGGUGACGGAGGACUGGUUCAACGACAUCAGUCCUCAGACCAUGAGGAGGCUGUUGAACAUCGUGUCUGUCACAGGCCGUCUGCUGAGGGCCAAUCAGAUCAGCUUUAACUGGGACAGGCUGGCGUCCUGGAUCAACCUGACGGAGCAGUGGCCCUACAGGACGUCCUGGAUCAUCCUGUACCUGGAGGAGAGCGACACCGUGCCCGAGCAGGCGGCGCUCAAGACCAUCUACGAGAGAGUGUCGAAGAACAUCCCGACCACCAAAGAUGUGGAGCCUCUGCUGGAGAUCGAUGGAGACGUGCGCAGCUUCGAAGUUUUCCUGUCGUCACGAACGCCCGUCCUCACGGCCCGGGACAUCAGAACCUUCCUGCCAUGCACCGUCAACCUGGACCCCAAGCUGCGAGAGAUUAUCGCCGAUGUCCGUGCAGCCCGUGAGCAGGUGAAUAUAGUGGGGGUCCCGUACCCCGCCCCCCCGCUGCAGGAGGUUCCCCCCCCGUCCCACCUCCAUGUACAGCCAGGUGUCGUCAGCCUGCUCCCCCUCCUUCAGCGUGCCUGGGGGGGGCGGGCCCCCGCAGCCCCACAGCAGCUACUACAGUGGCAUGGGGGGGCCACAGCACCCCUUCUACAACAGGCCAUAUUUCCCCCACCACCUUUACCAGCAGCAGCGCCCCUUCAUGCUGCCCCCCCCACACCUGCACCCACGCCCUCCACCAAACCAGGCCGGGACGCCUGCGCCGCACCUGGCUCGACCCCCCCCGUGUUCCUCAGCUCCAUGACGACGGAGGCCGUCUGCGAGAGGGUGCAUCUGAUCGAAGGCAUCGACCAGAGCAUGAUGGGAAACUACAGCGCCACCAUCAGGAAGGCGAACGUGAACGGCCGUGUGCUGACGCAGUGUAACAUCGACGAGCUGAAGAAGGAGAUGAGUAUGAACUUCGGAGACUGGCAGCUGUUCCGAGCUACGGUGCUAGAGAUGCGUGCGAUGGAGAGCCAGCUGCUGCAGGAGGAAGCUACCAGUGAGCAAGGCAGCGUUCGUGCGGCGGCCCCCCCAGAUGCCUCCCCCAUGUUCAGCUUCAACCUGAGCUUCGAGGAUCUGAGCACCGACGAGCCCCCGAGGGCCGGGAACACACAGUGGACGGGCGCGCACCGCACAGCCAGCCUGAACAGUCUGAACUCUCAGGAGUCGUCAAUGGACAUCUCUCGGCUAACGGACCGCCAGCAAGACGAGUACCGCACUGCAUACCAGGAGUACAUCGCUCAGAUGACGCAGGUGGAGCUGGGCGGCGUGGGGGGGGAGCGGCCCGUGCAGCCGCAGCCGGGGCACUUCCUGUCCGAGAGCAAAGACGAGCAGGACGGACGAAAAGCCUUCAGCAAGAGGAGCGGGGUGGGCAAACCGGCGGCCGACAACGCCGACCUGGACCCCAUCAGGGAGGAAGACGAGAAGGGCGAAAAUGCCGGGGCGGGGCUGAAGGCCGGGGGGGCGCGGCGCUACCAGAAGCUGACCAGUGACGAAGACGAGUCCGAGGAAUCCGACAACGCCCCCCUGCUGAAGGGCGGGAAGCCGGCCGACGGGGCUGGCGGUGGCGUGCCGGCGCUGAAGGGGAAGGACUUCCUGUCCGACGCCAUGCUGGACAAGAAGGAUUCGUCGGACUCGGGCGUGCGCUCCAACGAGAGCUCGCCCAACCACUCGCUGCAGGACGAGGAGGCGGAGCUGGAGGAGGACAGGAAGCGCGGCGGUGACGGCAGCGUUCCCAGCAGCCUCAGCGGCUUGCAUGACGUCCGCAUGUCCAUCUGCUCCGAGGACUGCAGCCUGCUGGCCUCCAGCCCCGAGGAGAGCUGGUCCUUCAACCUUAACCGGACCCCCAGCUCCGUCACACUCAACAACAACACCAACAGGCCCCGCCCCCCCGCCGCUGACCCCACCUCCUCCACUGAUGUCAUCCUCUCCCCUAGCUCCGCCCCCCGGCCCGGCCCCAACAACGAAAACGUCCGGGUGGUGCACCUUAGGCGGGGGCUGAAGCCCGGCGACCCUCCGGAGGUCUGCGCCGUGUCGUCCGACACCGUCACCUUCGGAGACGAGCGCGAGAGCAUCCUGUGAUCUCACCGCCUCUCAGCCAAUCGGGAGCCUGCGGGGGCCAAACGUCAGCCAAUGAGGGCCAUUAGAAAUGAAAUAUCCUCAGAGAUUAAAGACAAACGUUCAUGAGGAAAUAAAAUGACUGAAAUAUUAGGACCGUUUAGUUUCUAUAAAGUCAAACUAAGAUUUAAGAGUCUGAGGUUAAAGUCCUGAGCGCAGAUCUGACAAACAUCCAAGGUAAAUAUUUAAGAGACAGAAAUCUCAAAUAUUCUGAAAAUGAAGUUGAGAAUAUUCCAGAUAAAAAUUUCAGAUACAAAAACAAUGUGCAUUAUUAAAAUCAAGAAGAGAAGAGAAGAAGAAACUACUGAUUAAAAAAGAGGAGAAAUAUUCUGAGAUCAAAGAAACACCUGAAUAAAAUGCUGACAUUAAAAGCUGCGUAAAACUGAGGAAAUUUGGAUUAAAAAAAUGAAACUUUGUGAUGUUCAAAGAUUUUCAGAAUAAGAGCGUAGUGUGUAGUUGUCGUGGUUACGUGUUACUUCUGCAUGUUGAUGUUUAACGUCUUAAAAACUAAACGACAGAAAAUCGAAAUACCUUUCUGUCUUUUUCAAAUCUGUGAAAAAACUCAUUCUUGACCGGAGUGAGACUAAAAUGUGUGUAGACACAUCAGAGCGCCUUCAUGUGGAACAACACAUCCCACUCCUCAGGUAUUUCCAAAUAUUUCAAACUGAAAAUAUUAUUGAUUGAACAUUUGAAAGAGUUUAAAAUAUUCUCUGAGCUUAAAGUAAUCUGAGUGUAAAAUAUUAUAAAGACGAGUAGAAAUGAGAGUUUUGAUCGGUGGGAAAUAAAGAAGAAGAGACUAAAAACUAAAUCAGUAAAAACACAUCCGUUUUUGCUCAGAUUUGAUCUGAACUUUCAGGACGUUUUCUCACAGAUUUAAAAAUGUCUACGUCCCUCUUUCACGUUUAAUAAAUGAAGAGAAAUACUCUACAGACGCAUGCUCUACCUUUCAUUUUCUUAUUGGCCCUUAGGCAUGUUGUUUUACUUUGAAAAGCACUGAAAUAUUAAAGAGGAUAUUAAUAUUCAUCACGAAUUGAAAACGUCUUUUACUUUGGAAAGGGAAACUAAUAUAUUAUUAACUGUGCUGUGAGUCGUAACCAGUGUUUCGUGAAAAUGUGUUUUAAUCAGGACGCUUUUAUUCUGAAAUUUGAUUCGAAAGGAAAAAUGUUUUUGGGGCAAAAAUAUAAAACAAUAAUCUCAGAUUAAAACAAAAUUGAGAUUGAAAUCCUCGUUAAAUGUUUCGGUAAUUAAUCAAAUAAAAGGUCCCCUGAAAAACACAGCUUUAGAUGAUUAUGCCCUAUCAUUCAUUUAAAGUCAGCUCAGGCUGCAAGGAACACACAUUUACAAGAGACAGACAGCCCCCCCCCCCCCCUGCUUAAACCUCAGACCACAAGGAGACCUCCGGACCGGGAGGAUGUCAGGUUGAGGAAACUGACUUUCAGAAUAAAAGCGUCUGAUAAAUGUGAAUUAAACAACAUGAAGAAAAUAGAGAUUAAGAAGAAUUUAUGGAUCAGAUUGAAAUGAAUCUGCAUGUCGAUGUUUAAUCUGCUGUGAAAUAAAAUAAUUCCAUCUGGAA